CUCCUCGCUGUCAGAUAUGGCUUGCUCGCAAACGCCAAAAUCUGUGGCGGCAAAUCCUAGGAAACCACCAUCUGGAAAAACUCGUUCGACGGUGCAAGAAAAUGUGCCAUCUGAAAUCUUGACAACCAGUACAACUCUGAGUCGGACCCAUUGGACUGAAGAUCACACCUCGAGGCUGAUCAAGUUUCUGGCUUCACAUAGAUCAGAAGCCGGUGAUGGAAUGAACUUCAAGAUUGGAGUCUUUCAAGCUGCAGCUGCUCAUUUCCUUGAGCCCCCUGAAGGAGUUUCGAAGGAAGGAUGGGUGCCACCUGUUGCAAGAGAUUCUCGUGCUUUCAAGAACAAGUGGGCUGCAAUACGAAAAAAACACAAGAUCAUUCUUGAUAUCAAGGCCCAGUCUGGCUUUUCUUGGGACGACGAGUUUGGUGCUGGCAUUGACAGUAUGUCAGAGGCAGUAUGGGCUGCAUAUGUCAAGAGGCGCCCUGAUGCUGCACCAUUUCACAACAAGGGAUGGCCACACUUUGAUGAACUCAAUACUCUUUUGUCCACUACUGCUUCAAAAGGAACUCACACAUUUCAUGCUGCGUUGGAGGAGUCCCGCGAGCAGUCACCUGAUCUCGAUUUUCUGAAUGAAGAGGGCCUUCCGCAGCCUGACCAUGUCAAGAAUUCAUCUCGAGAUGAUCAGGAUGUUCUAGAUGAGAGUGGGGAUGACGAAGACUUGAUCCCUUGGGACAAAACUCCACCUCAUCAAAGUCACACUCCAGCUCCCCUUCCGAAGCAAAAAUUUGACAGUAUCUCUGCUUCUACUUCCACCAGUUCAACUUUGGGUCCAGCAUCAAAGAGGAAUUGUGCGAGUGGUGCCGCAGCACUGUUUGCUAUUGCUGACCAGUUUUUGGACUUCACUGAUGCAUUUCGCUCAAGUUCUCAAGCCCAGCAGCGUGCCAUGCAACGUGCCCAGAAUGUCGAGACCCAUCUCACUGGUGAUGAAAUGGCUGCUCUCAUUGAAGCCUUCCAGACCGAUGUCAGUGCUGCGGAUGCAUAUAUGGUAAUGCGAGAUGACAAUGCUCGUCACUCAUUCAUCAAUCAAAAAAUCACGCACAUCAAUAGUCAAUAA